AACCGCGUCAACUUCCAAGAGGGAGUUUUACAAGUUUUCUCUGUAUUUCCUUGGUUUCAUACGCCAGRAAUGGCCUUAAAUCGUGAAAUGGAAUCCAUACAAACUAAAGAUGAAGAAAGUCCAACAGUAGAGUUCUCAAGUUAYACUUGGCCUCAAGUGGGUCACAAAAGAACAAUGGACUUAGACUGCGAUAACGGACCAUCAUCUCCUAAACAAAUGAUUAUGGAGUUUGCGAAUGAAGAAGAGACUGGCUCGCCUAUUGUAAUUCACAUCGGAAGUGGAGAAAAUCUAGUAGUCACCGGUGACAAUGAUUCCAGUAUCGCUGAAGGCAAGGCAACUGUGGCAUACAUAGAAAAUAAUCAUGARACCAGAGGACCAAUCCUAGAGGACAAUAUCAUCAGGAAGAACAGCAUUGAAUGUAAUGACCAACCAGCAGAAGAGAUCAAUGGCUUUCCUGUUUACAAGCUACGACGACACGCCCCAUUCCUAAAUGAAACCCUGGAGCUAUGUAUGGGUGUCAACCUUAACAAAGAACUCGUUUGUCACCAGGUCCCCCCUAAUGUUCAGGCUUCGGCCAUCUUUGUCGUCGAUUUUCAGUGCGUACGUCAUCAUGACGUCGUAGCCAGAGACAAAGGCUGCUUUGGUCGCCAGUCAAGCCCAACAAGACAUGUUGCUCUUAAAAUCGCACUUGAUCGCACAAUUGAAGAUAUCAAAACUAUCAAAUUCAUGACCGAGGAUAUGUCUCCGGAGCCUGGGUUCGAGUUUUACAAAAUACGACGUCAUUACACGUGGCACAAGUUCAUUUCUGGUUUGUCAAGAAUCAUAACGAGGCUUGAGUAUAAGAAUGAGUUAUUCAGGUAUGGCGUCGUGCAGUUUAAGCUGUCUGAUGAGGACAAAUCAUUUGCCAGCAACUUCAAGCCUUCUGUGCAAGCAACGCCGGAGAAAUCUCACUCUCAGCGUUCAUCUUCAAAAGCAAGUAUUGAAAAUACUCGCACUCCGCGMGUUUUGACCGCAGGAACAGUUUCAAAAUCGUCAUCUGCGCUCAAUUCUCAGCCGUCGUCAAGUAGCCAAGCGAAAGCUCAAGCUUCUUCCACGGCAUCUUGCAAAAACGARAUAUUUAAUAUUCUUCAAAAUGCCGACAAACCUCGUCCACAGCUUAGUAAAGUAGCUGAUUACUCCAAGUUGCUGUCAUUGCUAAAAUGUGACGAGUUUCUCUGCGACGUAUCUUUCUGUUCCAUGUUGACUGAUGAUACUGAACGCGUGCUAAACCCAAGAACAUUCGCCAUGGGAGAACUACAGCGGCAUUGGCUGCAGUCGUUCUGCACCGGCGCCAACCCCAAGUCAAUUGUCAGCAUCACCAAUCUACACAAGCUUGGAAACGUUUAUCUCACUGCCCUUACCUGUUCCCUACCCAUAUUCGUCCUGAAAGACGACCCCUCAAAACAUCCCACUGUCCUCCUCGCGCUCAUGACCAGUCUGACCAAUGAGAAACAAGAUUACGAGUAUCUGGCCAGUAAAUUACGUCAGCAGGGGAUAACCCAGAUGGUGUAUGGGACAGACGGUGUAGCCCCCCUUGAUGAUGUACUUGAGAAGAAUUUUCCGACUACUGGGGCUGACAAGAGCAUCCAUGUAUGCUGUUUUGACAAUGCCAAAGAUAUCAUUAUGCAGAAACUUGACUCAAUGAAGGUGAAAACGGGAGACUUUAAGUUACUAAUUUCAAGACAGAUACUUGGGUUCGACAUGGAGGAUUCUGGAGAUGCCCUGGUUGAUCACAGAAGCGAUGCAAAAUUCCGAGAGAUAUGGUCCAAUGUGGAACCCGCGUGGCCGAUGGCGUUUCGCGAGUGGAUCCACAAACCUCAAGAAGGUAGUGAGCGCUCCUUCUAUGAUACUCUAAGACGCUGUAUGCUACGACCUGUCCGCGUGGCUGCAGGCCUUGGAGAUCCACCCAAGAAAUACAGCAAUAGAGUCGACAAUAGAGGAAUCAACGAUGCCAUCACUGAACUCGAGCAAGAGGCAAAGCAAUCCGUCGACCUGGUCAAAGUUCAUGAAAUAUUUAAGACACGAGCUGUCGAUUCUCAGAUAACGGACUUUGUGAAAGCUAUGUACAAUAUGGGGCAGCUUAGACUAGCAAAGGAGUACCAGCAUUUGACUGUGUCGCUGUUAAACGUUGACAAAUGAUCACGA